GUCGACGAGUCACGAGCCACGUUGUCACAAGCCAGAGAGGUCAUCUCGCAAGCAGAGCAUGUCAGACUGAAGCGCUCGGAGCAGCAUUCAUGUCGUCGCACAGCUCGCCCUUCAUUCUCACUGCCAUCUCCCGCUCGAGCUAUUUUGAGGAAUCGCCGUGGACGGUCUGACAUCAGUUGGCGGAUCCGACAGCGAAGCCUUCAGCAAGAUGCAAGAUGGCUCGCAGCAUGUCCAGCAGCGAGAGAGCUCGCUUGGUGCCUCCCUCACAGUUGCCCCCGCUGUGGCUGCUGUUCCUGCCAGCUCGACGACAACGACAGCCGCAGGCGAGCUGAGUGAAGCCACCGCCUCCUCACUCGGCAUACGCACUCCCCUCGGCUUUCUAAAGAGCAUCACAGGCCGUAAGACAUCGUCUGCGUUGCCCAUGCCUACGCUCUCCAAGCCCGCUCUCACGGCUUCCGACAGUCUGUCCGGCUUGCUGAGCGGUCAAAACACCUUCGCCAAGCCAGGAAGCGCUUCUUCAGGGCCGCUUGCACCAUCCACAUCAUCAGCAACGUCGCCCGUCGCCGCCCGCGCAAGAUCUACGUCCAUCACGGCUGCGAGUGCCCAGACAGAGCGCAUUUACAGAGCUGACAAGAGCUCGACUCUUGCCUUACGAUCUGCAAGCGGCAGUACGCACGCGCAUCCCGUCUUGAGCAGUCUACCCACUCCCUCGCUCGGUCCAAUGCAAUCUGCCCCUAGCACGCCCGCAGCGGGCGCCAGCGGCACGGGCUCCAUCCUCUCUUCGCCCAACGGCAAAGUUGCAUUUUCGCCCGCAACGACGCCAGGCCCCAAGACGCCGACAAUGGGUAUGCUUGUCGCUGCAUCGGACGAGGUUGCCAUAGGUCCCUACGACGCCAUGCCGCCCGCGGUGCUCAUCUCUGACUAUCAGCGUCAUGCCGGCAGACUCAGUGGCGCGGCUCGUGCAAGUGAGCUCAUCCGGAUCGCACAGUCCAUCCUAGUGCACGAUGGACUGUCGGACGAAGAGAUCUCAUAUUGGCACGCCUGCAGUCCCUCGAUAAUCCCUAGUGAGCCAGACGAUGUACGCUGCGCUGCACUGCAAGUGCUAGACGCUUGCAUCGUCUCCUCAAUGUCAAGCCUCGGUCACAGCACGGGUGCCGUCGACAGGGCAUUCUACUAUCUCGUCAUGCGGGAUUACGACGUGCCCCUCGAAAACCGAACGGACAGAGAACUCGACCUGCUGACCGAUGCUCUCAGUAGUCUCACUCGUGGCGGACGGGAUGUAUCGGCACUUACAGACGUACCCGAUCUUGUCUGCGAGUGGGCCGGUGAGAUGUUCAGACGAGCUCAGAUUGCGCGUGCCACACUCGUCAGUGCAAACGUUGAAGACCCGCUUUCACCGCUCACAGACCCACAUCUCGCUACACCAUUUGUAGAAACCAGCAAGCUUGGCCCGACGGCCGCACUCCGAUUGCUGGUGACUCUUCAUAAGAUGUCAUUUCCUCGACUGACGCAGGCGUCAAUUGAUCGCGCCUGCGCUUUCCUCAUGGCACUCUGUCAUAUAACGACGUCUCCUGCCGAUAUUGAACAAGGACUGGCAUAUGUGGACACUGUCAAUCGAUACGGCUACGUGCCUACCCGAUACCGCGCAGAAGUCGUCUCGCUCGUUGCCCGCGUUGUGGCUCUUGAUGGCCGCAUCGCCAUUGCCAGUGCGCCAUCUACCUCUUUGGCCACAAAACGCAAGUCCUUGCUCUCGAACGCUACUGAAAUCGUAGUCCAGCCUUGCUCAUCGUUGCCGAGCUUUGAUCUGCCUUCCAGAGCUCGCCAGAUCAUCAGCGAUCUACUUCGGUCGCCUCACAAUCAAACACUACGCUUCUUAUGCGACGCCAUUUCGCCCAACACGCCACACUCUUCUAUCUUGUCCACGCCCGCUGUCUCCUUGACCGGUUGCGAUGACGUCCUCGUUGCCGGCGCCAUCGCCUCGCUCAGGCACGCAUUCUCUGAUUUCGAUGCUUCCACGCAAUCCCAAGACAUUCAGAAUGGUCACCCACGACCAACAGGUGGAUUGCCAAGUCUGCUUGGUGUCGGCCUGCAGCUCGUAGUCGCAAACCUGGUCCUCGUAGUCGAGCGCUGUGGUCCAGUUGUCCUGUUCGAGAUCGUCGGCUUGCUCCGUGACUGCCUAUUUCCGUCUGAAGGAAAGGCGCCUGCGAGCUAUGACGAUGCCGAUCAAGCUCUCGACUUGCUUGAGUCGAUCAUUGCGUCUUGCAAAGUGCACUAUACGCGACAACAUGGCGCUGAUGCUGCAUCCUUAUCAGCUGUACUAGCAGCGACCCACUCGUUGCUCGCGCAAAUGGCAGCCGCUCUCAAGAGAGGGCAGUUCGACGGGCCUCUAGACAAGCUCAAGCAGUGCUCUAUUUCUGCACUAUCGCUGCCCACAACCGCCGGCCGCUCCCCCUUUUCCCGUGCUUCUGCCAUCACUGAGCUGACAAGCCUCAAUCCGGCAAGUAUACGAUGGCUCGACCUUACUCAGCGACUGUGUCAGACUCUUGAUAUUCGCCAUCAAGCGGAUCCCGAAGGCCAGAUUGCUAUUCUGCGGGUCUGUGCAGAUACGUACAGCCAUCUCCGAGAGACAGACGAUGAGCGAUCAGAAUAUGUCAGCGAAGUCAUCCUGCCCGUCAUCAAAGCUAUCGAUGGUGUCCAGCUACCAUCAGCAGCUGCACUGGUACUUAUGCGCUUGCUCAUCGAUGCCUUUUGCGAUAGCGUGAAGCCAUCGCCAGAUGUCAAAGUUGACGAGGCCGGCAAUUUGCUUCUGCCAGGUUCUCUUCUGACGGUACAGGUCAUUCAGACUUGGCUUGUCAAUCUUGCAGUCCAACCGUCCCCGCUGAGUGUGAGAGGCGAGCUCGAAAGCGAGGAAGCUCCUCAGCUGUCUACAACCGAGCAGCCUAUGAUCUCUGCAUGUGACAUGCGAUAUCUCUGUGGCUCUGACGCGAUCGAUCUCGCACCUUGCGCUUUGAUCACUUGCUUCAAUCGACUGCUCGUCAGCCCGACGUAUAACGCCAGUCAGAUCUGCCGAGCGCUCUUCCGAGAUCUUGUUGAGCUGCUCGCGCCCUCGCCAUCUGCUCAGCCGGAAGAUCUGCCCGAUACACAAGGCAGAGGUAUGCAGAAGGAGCUACUCGCAUCUCGACGUGGACGUCUGGUCAUUGCACAAUGGCUUGUCCGGCUGCGUGCCGAUCAGAAUCAUCGCAUAUUUCUGCGUCGCAUGCCACGCAAUGCUCACUAUGCGCUGCCAUUGCUACAUCGAGGUUUCGAUGACAACAAAGCCGAGGCUUUGCCCGCUAUCCAGACGGAUUCGCCGCUCGCUCGACGUGAGACUCGAGGCCGUACGGCUCGACGGGAUGCUGUCUCGCCGGAUCGACGAGAAAGGCAGUCUCAGACUUCUGGGAGCGACGCACGUGCAGCGAGCCGCAUGAGACGCUCUGGAAGGAGCACAAGUCGCGGUCGAGAAGUCGCAGAGUCGCAAGAAAGGCUUUGGCUGUAUCCCGAAGAAUUGGCGUUCACGACGCCCGAAGUGCUUGGCGGGCUUGGUCCGGACAGCUUGCUUUCAUUCGAUCACGAUACUGCCGGGCUGGUCCCCGAAGAUGCAGAGCGUAGAAACUUCAGUAAACGGGUCUCUGUGCUCCAAGUCUCACUGUAUCUACGAGCGGUGGUGCGAUUGCUCAAGACGGAAUCCGACUUUGAAAUACUGGCGCUUGUCCUGUCUCACCUGCCAGUACAGCUAGCGAACAAGCAUCUCCUAUGCGGUCCCCGAGUAUCGGUACAGCUCAACGCCUUACGUAAAUACCUAUGCGAAAGCCUGACGAAGGACGCAUUUCUGGAAGGCGUUGACCUGCCAAGCACUGUCAAACGGCGAGAGAUACGUGCGCUCGGUUUUCACUCAUUGUCCGUCUUGGUCGCGUACAAAAGCAUCUGGAGCCAAGCUCAGCGUGAUGAACUCGUUCUGGCGUUCUGCAAUGGGCUCGGUGGCGGAAAAGACGUUGCGCUGCCAUGCAUCCAUGCGCUCGCGGUGGCCUGCCAUGAGAUGCAGAUCGCUGUGACAAAGGCGAUGCCAAAGAUCCUCGAACUCUUGUCACGCAUCAUGUCCACAACCGAUAUGGCCGUACAUAUACUCGAGCUCAUCGCCUCCAUCGGCCUUAUCCCGAGUCUAUACGCCAACUUGACGGAGACCGAUUACCGGCUAGUGUUCGCGAUCAGCUUGCAGUACAUUGCCACGCACAUGCAGAGUCAGCGGGAUGCAGUUCCAUCGCCGCAGCAUCUAGACAGCCUCCGCGAUGGCCUCGUCAAUGCUUUUUCUCAAUAUGUUUUCCAUCUAGCGUUCUAUGUCAUCGACCUAUGGUUCAUGUCGAUCCGGCUUAGCAUGCGACCUCUCUUCGUGGCAUUCAUCGUGGGCAGGCUCUAUCGAGCUAAUCAAGAUGGGCCAGAGCUCGACGAGGCCUCUCAAGUUUGCAUGGACAUGCUUGCUCGCUAUGCUCACCACUCAGCCGAUGCUCGACUGACGCGCGGGUCUGUUCCGAACGCGGACUCGCUAUCUCAGACUUGGCUGAUUGGUAACACGCUCCUCACAAUCGACCAGCUUCAACAAGCAAGCACGGCUGAGAUAAUUCUGCGGCGCCCUUCCGGCAAUCUGUCGCUGACGGUCCACGUGCCCACACGAGACAAUACUGCUGAGGCUCUCUUGCCGGCUUUUCUGAUGCUUCAGAUCUCUGGUUCGCCAUCUGUAGACCAGUCCACGCCACCUCUGGGCGUACCGAAGCAUGAUCGCUUCAAACGGGCGCUGAGUGUGCUAGACAGCAUCCCUGUCGUCGAUUUCCACAAGGUUGGCGUUGUCUAUGUCGCGCCUCGCCAGACGCGAGAAGCCGAGAUUCUGCAGAACGUUCGCGGCUCAAAGUCUUACCAUCGCUUUCUGUCUGAGCUCGGCGAUCUCAUUCAUCUCAAAGAUCGUGGAGACGCCUACGUUGGGGGACUCGACGUUGAGCAUGACAUUGACGGCCAGUAUGCGUACGCUUGGGGCAACUCUGGCACACAGAUAGCGUAUCAUGUCACAACAAUGAUGCCGACAGAUCGCGAGCGGGACCCUCAAUGUACGCUCAAGAAGCGACACGUCGGCAACGACUUUGUCAAGAUCAUCUUCAACGAGUCUGGUGAACCAUACAGCUUCGACACCAUUGACGGACAGUUCAACCUCAUUAAUGUCGUCAUUGUACCUCACACCCCACAGGGUGUUCCUUGGCGUCGACCCGGCAUGUCGAGCAACGCCGAGUAUUUCAAGGUGUCUAUACAGCGUCGCGAAGACAUGCCCGAUUUCGGGCCACUCGGUCAAUACAAGAUGGUCUCUGCCGACGCACUGGCGCAGUUCGUCAGGCACUUGAGCCUGCACGCAGACAUGUUUGCUCAGAUCUUCCUUGAGACCCACGGCGUGCCUGGCUCCGGCGCGACGCACAAGAUCGAGUAUGUGUCCAACUGGCGUCAUCGCCUACAGAACAUCAAGCAGAUCCGGCAGCGCGUGGUCGAGCACCUCGCAGGAGAAUCUACGCCUGCUGAUGCAAGCUCGGGCUACGACUUUACUCGCUGGACAGAAGUGCAGGAAUGAGUGAGUCGCUGUCAUAGAGGGCGCCUAGGCGUGUACUCAUCUACUGUGCAGAAGCCGGACAGUCAGUUGACCUGUACAUGUUGUACAACAGAAAAGAGUGUUACGAUGACGCUG